AUGUCAAGGGGUUCCAAAGGAGACAAAUUUCUGAAUGACCUGGGUUACAAACUGGGCCAAACCCUGGGAGAAGGCAGCUAUUCCAAGGUGCGAGUAGCCACCUCAGCCAAGUACAAGGGGCCGCUAGCAAUCAAGAUGGUGGACCGGCGUCGAGCACCCCGGGAUUUUGUAGAGAAAUUCCUGCCACGGGAGCUCUCCAUCUUGCGAGGGAUUCGGCACCCACACAUUGUAAGAGUCUAUGAGUUCAUUGAAGUCUGCAAUGGGACGCUCUACAUUGUGAUGGAAGCAGCCUCCACAGACCUGCUGCAGAUGGUCCAGCAAGUGGGGAAGCUGCCCUGCAUCCCUGAAGCACGGGACAUCUUUGCCCAGGUCGUGGCCGCCGUGCGCUACCUCCACGACAGACACUUGGUUCACCGGGACCUCAAGUGUGAGAACGUGUUGCUCACCUCAGACGGCCACCGGGCAAAGCUGACUGACUUUGGCUUUGGCAGGGAGUCACGUGGGUACCCAGAACUGAGUACCACAUACUGUGGGUCAGCUGCCUAUGCCUCCCCAGAGGUGCUGAUGGGGAUCCCCUACGACCCCAAAAAGUAUGAUGUAUGGAGCUUGGGUGUAAUGCUCUAUGUGAUGAUCACCGGCUGCAUGCCCUUCGAUGACACCCACAUCCAGAACAUGCCCUGCCGCCAGAAGAAAGGGGUCGUCUUCCCAGAGGAUCUGCCCUCUUUGUCUGAGCCCUGCAAAGCUCUGAUUACCCAGCUGCUCCAGUUCAGUCCAGAAUCCCGACCCUGUGUGGGGCUAGUAUCCAAGAAUAGCUGGCUGAAGAGGGAAACAUAA